ACGUAUCUUCCGUCACGCCAUUUUCCAUCGACGAUCCAAGAGAGGAGAACGAGCGGGAGAAGCGCUGAUCAUUUGAGCCGUGAAUUCAUUCAAAUACGAUUCAGUCAUGCAUCGUGACUGUCCCCUUGACUGCAAAGUCUAUGUUGGAAAUUUGGGCAACAAUGGAAACAAGACAGAGUUGGAGAGGGCAUUUGGCUACUAUGGUCCUCUCCGUAGUGUUUGGGUGGCAAGGAACCCCCCAGGCUUUGCCUUUGUAGAGUUUGAAGAUCCCAGAGAUGCAACUGAUGCAGUGCGUGAGCUUGAUGGAAGGACAUUGUGUGGUUGCCGAGUGCGUGUGGAGCUGUCAAAUGGUGAGAAGCGUAGCCGCACCCGUGGUGCUCCCCCCUCGUGGAGCAGGCGUCCUCGAGACCGAGAUGACUACAGGCGUCGUAGCCCACCGCCCAGGCGAAGAUCCCCACGCAGGCGGAGCUUCAGCCGCAGCCGAAGCAGGUCUUUCUCCAGAGACAGGAGGAGAGAAAGGUCCCUCUCCCGGGACAGGAACCACAAACCUUCUAGGUCCUUUUCUCGAUCAAGGAGCCGCUCCAGGUCUAACGACAGAAAGUAGACGAUGGUCUGUUAGGUGUAAAGGGAGCUGAUGGUGAACAUUUGUAAAGGCUCCACCAUUUCAUUUGAUGGACUUCAGCAUGGCCAUGUGGUCAUUUUUGUAUUUUUUUUUUCUUUCUUUCUUUUAUCUUUCUUUUUUCUUUUUUUAAAACAACCAAACAUUUUAGUGUCCUAACCCACAUUGUCUUUUUAGGCUUUGUUUCAAAAUGCAUUGAGUGAGUGUGUAUGGGUGUAAUGCAUCAUUAGUGUCAUCUAAGCAUUGUCUGUUUUGUCAGGUCCUGUCACAGUUGUCCCACCCUUCAUUCCAGAGUUUCUCUCUAUGAGCUUUGGUUUUGUUGAUGAAUGUACUCUGUAGACCGACAUUGUUCGAGUAGUUCCUCAUCUUGACUGUGUAAAGAUUUUGUUUGGUUUUUGCCUUUUGUUUUCCCUCCUUAAGAAAGGAUUGGGUAAUGUAAGAUUUCCCAUUCUUUUUAUUGUGUGUGUGUGUAAAGCCAGCCUUUUUUCAGACAGCUACUUUCAUGUACUUUUGCGGUUUUUUUGUCCCGGUCAAGAUGCAAAACUGGAUUUGAUUUGGAAAUUAAAAAGAAAAAAAUGGUUUGAGCCCUUUUUUUUGUUUGUUUUUUAAGUCUUACAUUGUUUUUGUUUGAUACUAUGUGAACUGAUAUCUCAAUUAAAUACUGGUUGGUUAAAAUUUA